UCUUGAGGUGCGAGGUGGCGCGGACCAGGUCGGCUCUUGUCGACACUACCGAAGGCGUCAUGUGCGGCACCAUUGAGACUCGCACGUUAUACAUGGAACUAUAUAUCUAUAAUUAACUUCUCGACCGUUCUGCACAUGGGGCACGCGGUUGCAAGUAGCUCUCGCGACGAAUUGAAUUUUGUACAACUGUGCAAAUGCUCGCUUUCAUUUGUCCUGUCCGAUCCGCAACACAUCAGAACGUCGUUUUCAGGACCACUGCAAAUGACGCCUCUUCCUCCUGCAGACGUCGUUUCCUCUACCCAUACAGGAGCUUUGCCAUCGCAGCUCCAGCAAGCUGACGGUGUGCAAGAGACACCCGCGACGCUGGCCAAGCCUGCGUCAAACGUCCGGCUGCCGUCCAAGUUGGAGAGAGCGCAGAUCGCCUCGGCGUGGCUCGACACGUUCCAGCAAGCGCUGAACUCGAAGAGCAUCGACAAUGUUCUGCAGCCCUUCCACGAGGACGUAUACUGGAAGGGACUGCGCAAGCUCCAAUGGGACCACCACUGAAAGAAGGGCAAGCCCACGAUCAAGGAGUGGCUCACCAAGGGCAGCAAGUUGCUAAAGGGCCAGUUCAACAACACGCGCAUGGAGGAAGGGGGCGCCGCUAGCCUUGAAGCUCAUUCGGACGUGAGCUGUAAAUGGCAUGCCUGCGCUUUCUCUCGUCGAGGAAUGAAAGUUUGCUGAUCGGCCCUUUCUACCGGAGGGAUCGUGGCCUCCUACACCUUCGAGACACACAUCGCUCGCGGCCGAGGCUGCAUCCGCCUCGAGCAGGUCCAGAGCUCGCAAGAAUGGAAGGUGCGUUGAUUGCCACUGGAGAUUUGUCUGCGGAAAAAUCUUGACUCGCCUCUUCGCCAGGCCCAUUUCUUUACCAAGGUAUCGAAGAGCUGAUCGGCCACGAAGGAAAGAGCGGACUGACACGUCCAAAAAGUGUCGAAUACCGCCAGCACAUGCACCGCGAGAAGAGGGGCUUCGCGCAGCGCCAACCACCACCUG